AUGUGGACUGAUCUUCUUUUACAAGGCGCUAUCAUUCUCGUUACAAUCUUCAUGUUCCUCGCUAUGCAUGAUAUCCCAAAAAAAAUCUUCACUAAAAUCCGGUAUCGGAAUCGAGCUGACUUCCAAGCUAAGCGCCAUUUCGUCCUCGGAGCCCAGCUCCUAGCUCAAGCCAGAUCCUCCAAGUCCCGCUCAUCCACCACCUCUUUGGCCAAACAAGCCGAAUCCGAAGCCAACAAAGCCAUUUCUCUUGACCCGAAAGACGCCGCCGCCUACAUCCUCAAAGCCCUCGCUCUUGACCUCCAGGGCUACAAGACCUCCGCUCUCGACUCCCUCGACAUCGCUCUCUCCCCUCUUGCUGCCAAGUCGUUGACUGAUAAAGAAAGAGGCGACGCGCUGUUUAAACGAGCUGAGUUGAAGAUGGCUAUGAACCGGCGCGGCAGCGGAGUCGACUCAGCGAUCGAGGAUUUGACCAAGGCUGUCGAACUGGGUGCGGAUAACGGGAAGGCGUUUUGUCUGUUGGGAGAAUGUUAUGAAAUCAAGAAGAUGAAAGCGGACGCUAAAGCGGCUUUCGAGGAGGCUCUGAAGGUCGAGCCUAGCUCCAACGUUGCUCGCGCCGCCCUUGACCGAUUGGGCUCGUAG